ACGCUGGGCCCAGACAAGACACAGGCGAUGCCCAUCUCACGUUGGAGGGACCUGGUCUCCUUGCCCGCUCCAAACAUCCUCCUCGACGACAAAAGAUUGUCUCCGCAGGACUCCAUCAAGAUCCUUGGCGUAGAAUUCGAUAGCGGCUUAACAUACACACGUCACGUCCAGCAGGUGGCUAAGACAGCUGCGUGGGAGCUUGGAUGCGUCCGUCGCAUCAGCCAUCUCCUGGUCGGGCCUGACGUAACAACACUGCAAGUCGCAGUCUUAUGGAGUACAGUCAGCUUGUGUGGUCUGCCUGUCCGCCUUCAUAUCUUCUCGUACUGGAUAAGGUUCAGAAGAGGGCGGAGACAAUCAUACGCUACAAAACACAGCAACCGUUGGGUGUCACACUUCAAUAAUUGCAGCACCGGAGCAACGAUGGCGGCCUGUGUGUAAUGUACAAGUUUAACGUAGUGCAGACUCAAUAUCUGUCAAGCCUACACCUUCCCAUUGUGCACGACUCCAGCCACAACACCCGUGGUGGACGUGAGCGACAAGAGCAAGUCCGUGUGCCCUUCGCCAGGACAGAGUUCCAUCUGCGCUUAUAGCUGUCAAGAUUGAUGAUGAAUUUACGAGGCCAAACCCACACACUACUAGAAGCUUAAAGUGAGAAUACUUAAAUCCCAAACAUGUCAUUCGCAAUGUUACGAAGUCCAUGGCACCGACUCCUACCAGCUGUGAAGCAGGUAUUUAGAGUUCAGCCAAAGUUAGGAGAGAAAAUAUGCACAGAAAGGAUCCAGAAGUGGAGUUACUGUGUACAAAGGUGUCAUCAUGUCCUCUUCAGAACAUCAGUUGCAAAUGGCACUUGGCUGAGAACUAGACAACAGCAGCACUAUAGCACAAGCCAUUACCCCCAUCCCUUCACCAUAGCAGUCAUGACAGGGAGUACUGUCUACCAAGCACCCUUGUCUCCCUCUGGGUUGACACCAAUGCCCUUGUGGGACCUGCCUGAUGCCACAUUCAAGAAGUGCCAUGUGCGUUUGUAUUCCACCAAGCCCCCUAGCAGUCCUUCCACUCCUACUGAUGAAAACCAUAAUGAGUCAAAGAGCGCAAAGUUGAGAAUUGAAGAGGAAGAAAGAACAGAAAUGAAAGUGUAUGUAAGUGAAGAGAAGAAAGAAGAAAAGGUAUCGUUAGUUCAGAAAUUUAAGCUGAUGUACAAACAGUACUGGUACGUCCUGAUCCCUGUUCAUGUUGUCACUUCGCUUGUGUGGUACGGAUCCUUCUUCAUUGCUGCAAAGAGUGGUGUUGACAUAGUCCCAGUGAUGGAGAAGUUGGGAGCGGGAGAGAAGAUUCUAAGUCACCUGAGGAACAGUGAUGCUGGUUAUUAUGCUAUUGCAUAUGCCAUGUACAAAAUUGCUACACCUGCACGGUACACCGUUACUAUUGGUGGAACAACACUAUCAAUCAACUAUCUGAAGAAACGUGGAUACAUCAAGCCUGUUCCCUCAUCUGAACAACUGAAGGAAAUGUAUGAAGCUAUUUGUAUGAAACUAAGGAGUAUAGCAAGAAAGAUCUUCAAGAGAAAAGAUGAGACCACAUUACCAACACGACUUUAUAGGCCAUUAUAACUGGAGAUAGUCUUAUACCUGAAGUGAAAAUCAAAAUUCAAAAAGAUGAACUAUAGGCCAUAAUUUUUUUUGAGUGUUUAGUUAAGUGCAAUACUUUUUGAACAAAACAUAGUGAUCAGUAUUUUUUUUAUUUUAUGAGUAAGCAUUGUUCAUAAUUAACCAAAUUUAUUAUCAACCCGUUGCUGCCGAGUACAAGUGCUGUCAUCUGCGGUUUUCUUUUGUGAAUUGGAAGAAGUUGGCUCCACAAGUGCUCAGCCACCAAGGAGCCAAUUAAUAGGCCUACGAGAUCUCACAGGAUUUCCCCUUUCCUUGGGUUUUACAGCUUUAUUUUUCCAAUGCUGUUAAUAUUGAUGGUAUUAUUAUUGUUAUUGAUAUUAGUAUUGUCAUUUACAGUACUAAUAACUAUAAAUAACAAAGAGGAAUAUUUCUGAGAAUCAAAGAAAAGGGUAAACAGGUAAACUGACCCCUUGGUGAAUAACUAUUUGUAUUGCCAUCUGUAAAGGUGAUUAAAAAAGAAAAGUAAAAAGAAAACACAGUAGUCAUGGCAUUCAUUUUGGCUAUUCUGGCAUCAGUAUGUUAAUGAAUAUAUCUAUAUCUAUCUAUCUCUAUAUAUAUAUAUUUUUUUUUUUUUCUUUUUUUUUCUUUUUUCUUUUUUUUGACUGAACUGUAAUUACCAUGUCAAUGUUUCAUGAAUAUUUAAGUGUGUCAGAUGGUGUGUUUAAUUAUGUCCUUACUGGAAAAAAAAAACAUGCUUAUCUUUAGGAAAUUUUUUAAAAAUACAUUUAAUAGGCUCAAUUUAGCAUCAGUGAAUGCAAUCGAAAAAGAAGUAAAUUAAUAUUAACGUAAUGGAUUAAAAACCUCUCAGAUAUAUCAGCACCAAGAAAUAUAUAUAAAAAAAAAAACGGAGAAAAGAUUUACACUUGUCAUAUCCUUCUGAAAUGAAAUCAAAGAAUUUAGAUGGAAGAAAAAAGUCUAUAAGAUUUUGAAACCAUUUAGUAUUUGAGUAAUGCUAUAAAUGUAAUGAAGAUGAACAGACCAAUAACAUAGAAGUAAUGAAGAAAAUUAACAUUCUGUUAUCAAACUUUAACAUUACAACAUGGUACAUUAGAACAAAGAGAAUUUUGAUAUGAAAGUUUAUAUCUCCAAGAAUUGUGAUGCAAAUAAACUGCAAUUUCUUUAAUGGUAGGGUGAAUUCCAUGUUAGUAUUUUAGUUGUAAAAUAUAUGCCAUGGAAAACCACAUACCCAAUGUUUUUGAGAGGAAUUUACCUUUAUGUUCCUAAUGUUUUGUAUUUUGAUUUUCAUCACGAAAACACUCUUACUAUUUACUUACUAUUACUUACCAUUUACUACUACAGAACAGUUGAGGCUAGUAUUUGCUUAGUAAGUAAAACUGCAAUCCAUAACCUCAAUAAAUAUAUAUAGCACUAGUUUUAUAAUUACACCUUUAUUAUUUGGUGUUGGUUUCACAGUAUACACAUGUGAAUUGCAAAAUAAGGCUUACAAUAGGAUGACAUCAUAUGAUAAUUCUAAAAUACUCCAGUUGACAGCUGAUUUUUCUGUCUCCCUAGACAGUCUGUGAUGCCACUUGCUCAUUUAUCUAAAUGAGACUUAAUGAGAUUAUCUUACAUUAUAAAGAUAAAAGAAUCCACUUGUUACCAA